UCCAUCCAUCUGUGUGACUUGAAAUUCAAAAAAGCAGCAGAGUGUGAUGGAAGCAUCAGCGAGAGUACACUCCACUCGAUGCCUUUUAAUCCUGCAGUCGUCUCACUGGCUGGCUGGCUGGCUGGCUGGCUGGGAAGGCACUCACGUCGCAUACUCGGCUAAAUACUUUUUAUCACUUUGAUCAGGUUUUUUGAAGUCUCAAAGUAGGCCUUUUACUAAUGGUUUCUGGGUAGGUGGCAGGGAGUCAGACAGACGGCAGCAGCCAUAACAGCACGAGCCCAGCAGCAUGACCAGAAGGGCGGCAGGCGAGCAGCAGCAGCAGCGGCUGGACGAGUUGCAAACUGCGUGCCUGUGCCUUGCCCUGCACUCUUUCUGCCGUCAGUCUAAUUAAGAACAGACCACUGUCACCAGGUUGCAGCCAACAGCUACUGUCUCACUGACUCUCCAUUAAUUUAAAACCAAAAUGCAAUUGCAGGGAGUCAGCAAGCUGCGGCUGCUUCUGCUGUCAUGUGUCGGUCACUCUCUCUGGUCUUUUAGUGCCUCCAUUUCCGCUUAAUCUGUAAGAGUAAGCCUUCUCCGACCUGUAGCUGUGUUGGAACAUGAUGGUGGGAGGAGGAGGAGGAGGAGGAGGAGGGGGGCGGAGUAGGUAUCCCUUCACCGUCUCGCAGUGGCAAGAAUUAGAGCUCCAAGCCCUCGUCUUCAGGUACAUGGCCUCGGGUAUACCCGUACCCUCUGAUCUCGUCCUUUGCAUCAGGCGAAGACCCUUCGUGGAUCCUCAAACUCUCCCCUUCCUCCCUAAUCUCCCUGCGAUUGGAUGGGGAGCUUAUCAGAUGGGCGACGCGAGGAAGGCGAUGGAUCCAGAGCCAGGGAGGUGCAGGAGAACGGACGGGAAAAAAUGGAGAUGCUCCAAGGAGGCUUAUCCCGACUCCAAGUACUGCGAGAGGCACAUGCACAGGGGUAAAAGCCGUUCAAGAAAGCCUGUGGAAUUGUCUUUGGCCACCAGCCCAGUCUCCUCCGGCCACUGCUCGUCCAACUUCCACCCUCCUCUCCCGCGGCCACCGCCUCAGGCCGGCCAUUUUCCCUUCUCGUGUUCCUCCUCUGCGAGGCCCCCUGAAAGCUACAGGAACGUCCAUGGACUCAAGGAAGGUGUGAAUGAGUACCCAUUCCUCAUGGAAAGCUCGAAACAGAGUUGGAGCAGCAGCACUGAUCCUUUCUCCAGAAUGUUUGCGUCUGAGAAAGAGAUGGAAAAGCAAUACUUGUUGCCGAAUGUCGAUCUCAAGAUAGAUAGGCCUGCUAAGUUGGAGGAGCAACCGAGGCCGUUCCACUGUUUUCUCGAUGAAAAGCCUCCAAAGAUUGAAGAUUCCUGGAUGAGCAUGAACUUGGACUCGAAGAGUACGCGGCUAUCUAUCUCCCUUCCGAUGGCCAAUCACGACAUGCCGAUGACUGCUUCCCGGCGCUACAAUGAUGGUUGACUCCUGAAGACGACCGAGAAGCGUGUUCGCACCUUCUUCCUUGAUGCUCUAGAUUUGACUUCUCCUCCUCUAUCUUGAUAUUUUGUUGUGAUGAAUGAAGAAGAGGUGGGUUGCCGCCAUGUUUGCAAUUUUUCUUUGAGGAAUGCUGUUCCAGUUAGCUUGAAACUACAGUCUGCCAAUGAGAUCGCUUAAAACUAUCGUUGAGAAGUUGCCUUCUGUUUAAUAAACUCAUUCUACCUGGUA